AUGCCCGGAUCAGACAAAAUUGUCGCCGACACCGUUACCUCCACAGAUGGCACCCAGAAAGAUGAGCUGGAGAAGCAGGACAUCUCUCAAAUCGAGAGAGUCGUGUCCGGUGGCAGCGAUCUGCAGAAGGACUUCAUCGAUUAUGACCGUAUCGACAAGGACGUCGCGAAGUAUGCGAACGCAACUCGCGUCGAGAUCUCAGAGAAAGAAAAUAGGCGCCUGAGGCGGAUGAUUGACAGGCGCAUUCUUGCUGUCAUGGUUCCGACCUACUUCCUUCAGGCUCUUGACAAAGGAACCAUGUCGUUUGCAUCGAUCAUGGGCAUUCGAGAGGACCUCAAUCUCCAUGCACAACAGUACUCAUGGCUCACGACCUGCAUCUAUAUUGCCGUCCUUAUCGUGGAGUAUCCCACAAACUGGACGAUUCAGAGGGUGCCGAUUGCAAAGUAUCUUGCUUUGAACAUUUGUCUGUGGGGGGCCAUUCUUGCUCUCCACUCUACGGCGAACAACUUUGCCACGAUCCUCACGUUGAGGACAUUGCUCGGCAUCUUCGAAGCUGUCUGCCAACCCAGUUUUCUCAUCCUCAGUAGCAUGUGGUACAAGCGCGAAGAACAGGCCGAAACCGUGACCUACUGGUACAUGAUGAAUGGAGGUCAGCAAAUUGUGGGUGGUCUCCUUGCAUAUUGCUUCACCCAAAUUCAGUCUGGUCCUCUGAAAUCGUGGCAAGCAAUUUUUAUUACUUACGGAUGUUUCUCUGUGCUUUGGGGGCUUUUUGUGGGCUGGUGGAUGCCUGAUUCUCCGAUGAAAGCCAAGUGCUUUUCAGAGGAGGACAAGAAGUUGAUGGUUGAACGAGUGAGGAGCAACCAAACAGGACUGCAGAACAAGAAGUUCAGGCCAGAGCAGGUCAAGGAGGCAUUCCUGGAUCCGCAGACGUACUGCUACUGCCUCAUCCAGAUCUGCACCACUCUGCCCACUUCUGGCCUCGGUGCUUUUGCGAACAUAAUCAUUACAGGGUUCGACUUCACCGUCCUGCAGACACAAUUACUGGCGAUGGUCCUGGGCGCCGUCAUAAUUGUCAUCUUGCUUACUUCGACCUGGCUCGUCAAGAAGUUCCGCCAGAAUUGCCUGGUGAUGGGAAUUUUUGUCAUACCAUCUUUCGUCGGCACCGUUGUUCUGAUGAGCGUACAGAACACCGACACGGCAACAAAGGUGGGACUCCUCAUCAGUUACUAUAUCGUGCUCUCGUUCUGGGCUGCUCAGACACUGGCGAUGAGUAUGAUUUCCCGAAAUGUCGGAGGACAAACGAAGAAGUCGAUCGUCGUCACAAUGAAUUUUGUAUCCUGGUGCACGGGGAAUGCCGUCGGUCCGCAAGUGUUCCUAUCUUACGAUGCUCCGCGUUAUUUCAUUGCCUUUAGCACUCAUCUUGGCUGCUAUGUUCUUCUUGUUUUGGUGAUUGUGUUCCUUUGGUUCCAUCUCAAGCGGCAGAAUCGAAAGAAGGAUGAGUUAGCCUCUGCCGGGAUUCAAGAGGCUAAGGAUGAGACUUAUGUGCACGCAUUCGACGAUUUGACGGACCGCGAGAACCCCAACUUCAGGUACAUUUAUUGA